AUGGCUUGCCGUGCAAUGCUGGCCAUGGCCGCGGCCUUCGGCGUCGCUGUUGCCCUUGGAGAUACGGACACAAUCACCUGGGGGGGUGACAACUCUAGAGCCGGCUACCAAACAAACCAUAACAUGGACCCGGCCGUAGUUGGCAGCAGUCAAUUUGGUCAACUGUUCAGAACACAACUGCCUGGUGUAUGGGUUGGACAACCUGAACAAGUCUUCUCGCAGCCCCUCGUCUAUACCCCGAGCGGUGGUAACAAGCAAUAUGUGUACUUUGCGACGACCCAGAACAAUGUCUAUAAGCUCGAUGCCAAAUCGGGGCAAAUCGUUGCGUCGCGGAAUCUUCAUAUUCCGUUUCUUGCUGCAGAUCUCGACGGCUGCGUCGAUAUCAACCCAUCCAUUGGUAUUACCGCGACCGGCGUCAUUGACCCUGCCACCGAUACCCUGUACUUGACGGCCAAGACUUAUGUCGAUCAGAACGGUGGUGAAAAGGCCCAAGGCAGACCGGCUGGUCGAUACUAUAUUCAUGCUCUCAGCGUCGACGAUCUUUCUGAGCGGCCCAAUUUUCCCGUCGACCUCGAAGGCAUGAUUGCCAACAACACUCCUGAGCGCAUGUUCCAGGGUGGUAUCCAUCACCAACGUCCAGCUCUUCUGCAAACUGGCGAUUUCAUUUAUGCCGGUUUUGCAUCCCACUGCGUGCAGUACAACUUCACUGGCUGGAUUAUCGGCUGGCACAAGACGACGGGAAAAAUUGUAGAGAAAUGGGCAACCGAGGGCGACGGCGUCCCCAAUGCCAUCCGAGGCGGUGGCAUCUGGAUGUCUGGCGGCGGUAUUGCCUCUGAUGACAAGGGCUCUAUUUUCCUCGCCACGGGAAAUGGGUACGCCUCUCAGCUUGCCGACGUGCCUGUCAAUGGCUUCAACCCUCCCACCUCGUUGGAAGAGGCUGCACUGCACAUGACGAUAAACGCGGAUGGCAGUCUUCAGCUGGUCGAUUUCUUCAUGCCUUGGGAGAAGCGCGCGUUGGAUGGUGCAGACAAAGACCUGGGCACGAGCCCUUUGGAGAUUCUGCCAAGUGAGUUUUCAUGCGGCAGCGUCAAGCGAAUUGGCGUCGUUACGGGAAAGAGCGGCAAGACGUACUUUCUCAAUCUGGACAACCUGGGUGGAUACAAGAACGGCAAAGACGGUCUCGACGACGUGAUUCAGGUUUACGAAAACCUCAACUCGGUGUACGCGGGUGCUGGCGUCUAUCCUCUGGAGGGCGGAUACAUAUAUAUCAACGUCAUCCAACACCCCUCCAUCGUCUUCAAGUUCUCGUGCAGUGACGGAAUCCCGUCCUUCUCCAAGGUGGCCGAAACCCCCACGAACAACGCGUAUAUUCUCGGAGUCAGCCACGGCACAACCACUUCGCUCCAGGGCCAGCCGGGGACUGGUCUUCUCUGGAUCACGGACGUCCAGGGCCUCAACCUUCGAGUGUAUGACGCUGUGCCCCGAAGCUCAACCAUGAACCUGAUUCAGUCCCUUAACAUUCCGGGGGUAACCAAGUUUACUCGACCCGUAUUUGGCGACGGAAUCGUGUAUGUCGGAACGACCCAAGGUUACGUCUACGGCUUUGGCUCCCCCGUCAAUGUGCCUCUCAACUGCACGUCGCCCGUCGAUUUCGGCAACGUCAACACGAAGAACAGUAGCGUUGUCAAGCCUGUUACCUGCAAGGCCCUCAUCGGCGUGACAGUGACGGGCAUUGAGCUUAACGAUGCUAAGAGCAAGGAUUUCAGCCUUUCUGGUUUGCCUAGACUGCCCCUGGAGCUGGCUGUUGGCCAGACUUUCAUGGUCAACGCCAAAUUCUCUCCUUCAAACGUCGGCCUGCAAUCCAACGAUGUCGUUGUAAACACUACCAACUCAGCCGCCGGUUUCAGCACCGGAACUCACGCCAGACUGACUGGAACAGGCCAGAGCGCCGGUGCUCUUCUGGAUGUUACUCCUGUAAUUCUCACGUUCAAGAAAGCCAUCACGGGCGAGGAUCCCAACGGGGUGUCAGAAAGCAUCAUAGCCUCCAACUUGGGCAAUGGGAUGCUAAGUGUCCAGUCGGUGCUGUAUUCCACAAACAGCACUAACGGACCAUUCAAAGCUUGGAACGGCCAGGGAGAUUUGGUCGUUGGUAAAUUCAGACUUCAGAAAAUACCAUCUACCAUUCGACCGAACUCAGCAGCAACAGUGAACGUCCUAUUUGAUACGUCCACGAGCGGCACCUAUUCUUGCUACGUCAAGUUCGUUUCGAAUGGCGGCAAUAAAACAAUCUCGAUGGCUGCCUCAGCAGGCCCUGCACCAAAGGCGUUGCUCGAGUUCCAAACACCCGAUACAACCGGAUGGGUCAAAUACCAACCGGGCACACCCUUCACGUUUGGCAAUGUGACUGAAAAUAAUUCUAGAUCCCUCAAGUUCCGGGUCACCAAUAGCGCAGCAGCGGGCGCGGCUCCUUUGUCGUUGACUGUGUCAAAGCCUCCCUUUGGCCUCGCUGGGCUCAUUAGAGCCUUGAACCAGGUAGACCUUGCCGAAGGCACAUCGCUAGGAGCAGGGGAGAGCGCGAACGCUACGCUGAUUUGCAACGUGCCCUACGCACAAUGGAAUACGGCUCCGUACAACGGCACGGCCCGGUGGACUAUGAACACCAACGACGCCACGCUUGGGAAGCAGUUCAUUCAAUUUUUCUGCAAUGCCGUCGCCGAGCAGGCACCGCCGCUUCUGCCCGAUGGCCAGAGUCAAUUCAAGUACAUGGGGUGCUACAGGGACAAUGACCCCGGCCGCGAGCUGCCCAACGCCAUCUUCUCCAGCGACACAAUGACUAAUGCGGAUUGUAUCAAGGCCUGCAGUGACAAGGGCUUUACGUUUUGUGGUACGCAGUAUCGACGGGAAUGCUGGGGAGGCAACACUAUACCCCGGGAGAAAGUGAACGACGUCGAUUGUAAUUAUGACUGCGCCGGAGCCUUGAAGCAGAUUUGCGGUGGAAACGGAAACAACAAUCCUGGAUCGUACAUGUCAACGUUUGGCAAUUCGCUCAAGUGGGAUGGCAACACGACACAACCCCCCCCUCCAGCCGGACCGGUUAUCAAUCCGGGUGUGUCGGGAUAUGCGAGCAUAGGCUGUUACACUGAAGCUACAAACGGUCGCGCGCUGCCGAACGGUGCGGGCACUGACAAGAGAACGGUGAAGGAUUGUGUUGACGGUUGCAAGGCUGGUAAAUACAUAUAUGCCGGCCUGGAAUAUGGUGGCGAGUGUUGGUGCGGCAACGAGUUCACUGCUGGCGCUGUCCCUGCUCCCGACAAGGACUGCAGCAUGACCUGUAACGACAACUCGACCGAGUACUGUGGUGGCCCAUCUCGCCUCAAUGUAUACAAACUCGGCCCCUUUGUGGCAACCAACACCUCGUCCGCACCUACACCUACACCAACAGGUCCCGCCAGGAAGUUGAAGGUUGGCCUUUGGAAUUUCCAGGGGUGCUGGACAGAAGCGACAGACGGCCGUGCGCUCAACAGUCAUAUGUACGCGGAUGAUAAUAUGACACUCGAAUCUUGCUCCAACUUCUGUCACGGCCAGGUGUACUUUGGUGUGGAAUAUGGCCGAGAGUGCUACUGUGGCAACGAGCUGCAAGCUGGCAGUGCCAAGGCCGGCAACCCGGAUGACUUGCCUGCAACAACCGCAUCCGAACCAUCUGCAACCACGCUCAGCCUUGACAACUCUGCUAGUGUCCGAACACUUGUGUCUUUAUCGUUUUACCACGCGUCGACCACUCCCACCUCACCCGCCGCUACUUCUAGUACAAGCGAGGAUGAUGCGCCUACCGUGUCGUCUACCAAGACUCUGCGCCUUCGACCACGCCAACUCCUGCUCGGCCGAUGA